CAGUAUGAUUUUUAUCAAUGUAUACAGGGACCAAAGCACUACUCUCUUCGCACCGUCGACAGCCAUUUAAACUACAUUGAUAUCAAAAUCUCUUCGCUCUUUGUGCAGUGAAGGAAUUAAGGCAAGAGAUUGCAAAGUUCCAUCGCCAAGCUACACACUGAAGGCUAUUUCUAGUUGGUUAUUGCGCUGUUAGGAGAACUUUGCUUGUUGGUACAUUCAGAGCGCCUGUGGCGUCACACGAGUUGAUAGUGGACUUGGCGGUCGGCAUGGACGAGGCGAGAGCGACCGCCGGGAACUCCUCUUCCCAGGAGGACGACGACCCGCUGGGCGGCUACUACCUGCUGUGGAACCUGUCCGCGUUGGCCCUCUCCUCUCCGGAGGCAGACAACUCUACCAACACCACCGCCAACAGCACCCUUUUCAUCGUCGACUCCCUCUUCCCCAGUGGGUAUUCCCUGCCGCACAUCAUCCUUGCCUCGAUCGUCGUCACGGUGCUCAUGAUCAUCGUCGUCGUCGGCAACAUGCUGGUCAUUAUUGCCAUCGCGACAGAGAAGGCCCUGAAGAACAUCCAGAACUGGUUCAUCGCGUCGCUGGCCGUCGCGGACUUCUUCCUGGGUCUCAUCAUCAUGCCGUUCUCGCUGGCAAACGAGAUCAUGGGCUACUGGAUCUUCGGCAACUGGUGGUGUGACGUGCACAGCGCCAUGGACGUGCUGCUGUGCACGGCGUCCAUCAUGAACCUGUGCCUCAUCUCGCUGGACCGCUACUGGUCCAUCACGCAGGCCGUCGACUACCUGAAGAAGCGCACGCCGGUCCGCGCUGCCAUCAUGAUCGCUCUCGUCUGGCUGCUGUCUGGCCUCGUCUGCAUCCCUCCUCUGCUCGGCUGGAAGGUCGACCGGCCCGUCGAGGAGUUCCCCAAGUGCCAGAGGCUGAACCAGCACCGCGGCCUCGGCGCACAGUCCCCAGUUCGCCGGGCCCGGGCGGUGCGGCGGCAGCCAAGGGCGAAGUCUGGCGCCCGGCGCCGCCCCUGGAAGCUAGCCAACCCGCGCUGCCGCACACCGAGUCCCGGACACUUGUUCCUCCUGCGGCUGCCGGCCGCCUUCACCAACGCAUAUACGUAG